AUUUUAUAAUAAUUAUGUUUUUCACAUGAGAAUUUAAAUUUUCGCUUAAGAUCUUUUUCACCUCCUUGCGUGAAAUGAAUCUCCUGACCAGUUGAUCCGCGCUCUUUGCCCCCGCCCCAAAAAAAAAAAAAUCAACAUUUUUGGGAGCAAAUUCGAUUCAAACUUAAAUUCGAAAAAUUUAACAGGUUCGGUUCGACCCUAAUUUGUAGCCCUUCCCAGCUUCACUGUUGAUUCAGCAAGCGCUGAAGGGGAAUCGACGAUGGCGAUGGAUGUAGAGCAGAAACUUGAAUCAGGGUUCCCGUACUGGAAGGCUAUCCGUCGCCGUUUCGGCCCGGACUCUCCUUUCUUUGCUUCCGGUAAUAUCGAACGGGAACUUCUUGCUAAACAGAUUGCCUUGGAAUUAACUGCGGAAGAGAAGCAACAGCUUUUUGUACCAGAUGAAUACAGGAAAGUCCCCUGUCCCAUUGUUGGUUGUGGAGCAUGCUUGACUUCCUUGGAGGAAUUUGAGAAUCAUUAUAAUGCACGGCAUACUGCCUCUUGUUCGGUGUGUUCUAGAGUCUACCCGACAUCUCGCUUGCUAAGCAUACAUGUUUCUGAAGUGCAUGAUUCGUUCUUUCAAGCAAAGGCUGCUCGGGGCUAUGAUGUGUAUGAAUGCCUAGUGGAAGGCUGUGGUUUAAAGUUUAAAAACUACAAGAGUAGGCAACAGCACCUCAUUGACAAGCAUAAGUUCCCCACUUCCUUUGAGUUUCUAAAGAAGGCUCGACCAUCAAAGAAACAAAGGCAGAAGAUUCAACGGAAACAAGCUCCACAAAAGGAGAAUGAUUCAAGAACAAUGGAAGUGGAUAAUGCAACCAUGGAUGGCCUUGUGACGGCAGUCUCUAAAUUGAGUACUUCGGACUCAACUCCAUCAUCUGUCAGCUUUGGUCGCCGGCAUACUCGUGGUUUGACAUUUGUCCCUAGAGCUGUUCAGCGUGAAGCCGGAUCAAACGCUGCAUCACCUAGAAGAAAGCAGUGAAAUAGCCUUCAGAUCAGCCUGCAUACUAACUCUUCUUUGUUAUUUUUCUUUUGUGACGAAUGUCGAAGCUGAUGGCAUCAAACCUGAGUUAUCAGAUAUCUGAAAAAGAA